CUGGUCACAUCCUGCAGCGCGGCGGUGAGGUGAUUCCGUCCCCCAGGGGGCCCUAAAGUCUGAAGCGGGGAAUAAUGGCCGCGGGCGAAGCUGCCCCAGAAGUAACCGCCAUUUCCCCCAGCAAGCGGGCCCGGCCUGCAGAGGAUGGCGGCUUGCGGCUCCGCUUUGUUCGACUAUCGGAGCACGCCACGGCCCCGACCCGGGGGUCCGCGCGGGCCGCAGGCUAUGACCUGUACAGUGCCUAUGAUUAUAUAGUACCACCUAUGGAGAAAGCCCUUGUGAAAACAGACAUUCAGAUAGCUCUUCCUUCUGGGUGCUAUGGAAGAAUAGCUCCACGUUCUGGCCUGGCUGCAAAAUACUUCAUAGAUGUAGGAGCUGGUGUCAUAGAUGAAGAUUAUAGAGGAAAUAUUGGUGUUGUGUUAUUUAAUUUUGGCAAAGAGAAGUUUGAAGUAAAAAAAGGUGAUCGAAUAGCACAGCUCAUUUGUGAACGGAUUUUUUAUCCAGAUAUAGAAGAAGUUCAAGUGUUGAAUGACACUGAAAGGGGUUCAGGAGGUUUUGGUUCUACUGGAAAGAAUUAAAAUAUAGGUCAAAUAUAGAAAAAUGUUACUUUCUCUUAAAAA